AUGUUUGAAGAGAAACUUCUCAUCGGUGUGGCUUCGGCCUUUUCCACCCUCGCCAUCGCCGCUUGCCUGAUAGUAGUUCCGUCUCUCUACAACACCAUCAAUGAGAUGCACGACGCGGUCCUCGAUGGAGUUACUGUGUUUCGCGCCGAAACCGAUGCCGCUUGGAGUCAAAUGAUGGACUUCCAAGUGACCGUUGCUCCUCCAGCAAAACCUCGCGAAAAUCCUUUCAAAUCCAUCUUCCGUAGCAAGAGACAGGCUGGUCUACCCUCCUUCUGCCAGUGCACUCCUCCUAGAGUGACUUGCCCACCUGGACCUCCUGGACCACCUGGACGACCCGGAGCACCAGGGCAGCCAGGAGCACCCGGACAGCCCGGCAAUGAUGCAACUACAACCUAUGCUCCAAUCAAUUGCCCAGGCCGUAGCACGGCUUGCGUCCAGUGCCCAGCUGGUCCUCGAGGAGCACCAGGGCCUAGUGGAGCUCCAGGAAACAGGGGACCUAAUGGGCAGCCUGGACGUCCCGGAGGACCCGGUAAUGCUGGCCGUCCAGGUCCCGCUGGACCUCCUGGAGACGCUGGAGCACCAGGAAGACCUGGAUCCGCAGGUCAGCCUGGACCAGCCGGGAGACCUGGCACAACUGGAAGAGGUACGCCAGGAAGACCAGGACCAGCAGGAGGUAUCGGAGCUCCUGGAAGGGCUGGAGGUCCUGGAAGAGCUGGAUCUCCAGGAAACGCUGGUCGCCCUGGACCUGCUGGGCAGCCUGGAGGACGUGGGCAGCCCGGAAGAGACGGUCGUCCCGGAAACCGUGGAAACCCAGCACGUCCAGGAGGUGACGCCGCUUACUGCCCAUGUCCACCCAGCUAUAAUCGCCGUGUUCGUGUCUAA